AGUGUUUGUGCGUCGCGAGAGUGUUGGUGCACUUUUUUCGUAAUACAUUUUCGAAUUUUCUUUCACUCCUCCAAAAAGUCGUGUUGUACCUUCUUUAACCAAGACUAUGGCGGCUACAUUAGGAAGAAUUUGUGGUUCAAAACUGCUUAAAUCUGCACCUGCAUUGAAUCUACAGCAGGCCAAUAAUCUCUCAACUACCAAAACUUGGACCAAUGGUCAAAAGAAGCUUUUUGCUACCAUUGGUGCUUUAACCGGAGGUGUUGGUGCACUUAUUUAUGCCUUGGAGCAAUCUGUCGAAGCUUCGGGCACCGAGGUGCAUCCACCUAAGAUGCCAUGGAGCCACAGUGGUAUAAUUGCCUCGCUGGAUCACACCAGUGUCCGUCGUGGUUACGAAGUGUACAAGCAGGUUUGUUCCGCCUGCCAUUCUAUGCAAUACAUUGCUUAUCGUAAUUUAAUUGGUGUUUCACAUACUGAGGCUGAAGCCAAAGCGGAGGCAGCUGCCAUUACCGUAAAAGAUGGUCCUGAUGAUAACGGAGAAUAUUAUAAUCGUCCUGGUAAGCUAUCGGAUUACUUCCCAGCACCUUAUCCCAAUGAAGAGGCUGCUCGCGCUGCCAACAACGGCGCUUAUCCGCCAGAUUUAAGUUACAUAGUAUCGGCUCGCAAAGGUGGUGAGGAUUACAUUUUUUCGCUGCUUACUGGCUACUUCGACGCCCCGGCCGGUGUAGCGUUGCGUGAUGGUCAAUACUACAAUCCUUAUUUCCCAGGAGGUGCUAUUUCUAUGGCUCAAGUUUUAUACAAUGAAGUCAUUGAAUACGAGGAUGGUACACCACCAACUGCAAGUCAGCUAGCCAAAGAUGUGUCCACCUUCCUCAAGUGGACCUCAGAGCCCGAACACGAUGUACGCAAACAAAUGCUUAUCAAAACUGUCGGGCUUAUGACCAUUUUAACUAUCCUCGCUUACUAUAUUAAAAGACACAAGUGGUCGACUUUAAAAUCACGAAAAAUUUUCUUCGUCCCUAAGAAGGAUUAAAGUCUAACACAAAUGCCAUAAUAAGUCAAUACAAAACGAGAAUUUGCUAAAUUACGCAACAAUAACAAAAAAGCAGUAGAAAAAGCAACAAGAGCUAAAGCCACUCAUUGAGGAUGUUUUAAGGAGAACUUCCUUAUAUAUCCAACAUGUUAUCACAUUUGUUAAAUACGAUAAUUGAAAAGCUAAACAAUUAAAAAAUAAAGAUUACU